AUGUGGCUGGGGACUUCAGGGAAGAAUAGUUUACCUGGAUGCUGCCUAGAGAAUCCUCUCCAGGGAUGCCACCCAACACAGUGACAAUGGGCUAUCAAAGGGAUUUCUAAACCAAGUCUAAUCUCUCAGCUGGAGCAGAAAGAAGAGUCAUGGGUCCUACAACUCCAAAAUUUUGAGGAAAAGAAGCUAAGAGAAAGUCACACAGACUUUGAGACUCAGAUGACAAAACUCAAUCAGGACAUUUCUGAAACAGCAGAACACUGUGGAACAUCCUCAGAAAGAGUCAAUAAAAAUAUUUCUAAUUCUCCUAGCUGGGGAAGACCCUGGGAGAAAAGGGACCUCGAAUUAGAAGGGCAACAUGGGACCCUUCUAGGAGAGGGCCAGCAGAAGCCCUUUUCACAGGAGAGGGACUUAGACAAGCUCUUGGCUGGAUGUGCAGAAAAGAAGCCUGUGUGUACAGAAUGUGGCAAGAGCUUUAACCAGAGUGCCUACCUCAUAAGACACCUGAGAACCCAUACUGGUGAGCGGCCUUAUAAAUGCAUCGAGUGUGGAAAAGGCUUCAAACAGAGCUCAGACCUCGUCACCCACCGCAGAAUACACACAGGAGAGAAACCCUACAAAUGCAGUGGGUGCGAGAAAAAAUUUAGCGAUAGCUCGACACUCAUCAAGCAUCAGAGAACCCAUACAGGUGAGCGACCCUAUGAGUGCCACGAGUGUGGAAAGACUUUUGGGCGGAAGCCACACCUCAUACUGCACCAAAGAACCCACACAGGAGAGAAGCCCUAUGCAUGCCUCGAAUGUCAUAAAAGCUUUAGUCGGAGCUCAAAUUUCAUCACCCACCAGAGGACCCACACAGGAGAGAAGCCAUAUAGGUGUGAAGACUGUGGGGAGAAUUUUAGUCAGAGCUCGGAUCUGAUUAAGCACCAGCGAACUCACACAGGAGAACGACCCUUUCAAUGCCCAGAGUGUGGGAAGGGCUUCAGAGACAGUUCUCACUUUGUGGCUCAUAUGAGUAUUCACUCAGGGGAAAAGCCUUUCAGUUGUCCCAACUGUCACAAAAGUUUCAGUCAGAGCUCCCAUCUGGUCACCCACCGGCGAACACACACAGGUGAGCGGCCUUUUAAGUGCCCUGACUGUGGGAAAGGCUUCGCUGACAGCUCUGCUCUCAUUAAGCACCAGCGGAUCCACACAGGAGAACGACCCUAUCAGUGUGGCGAGUGUGGGAAGAGCUUUAACCAAAGUUCCCAUUUCAUUACUCACCAACGAAUCCACUUAGGGGACAGACCCUACCAGUGUCCUGAGUGUGGCAAAGCCUUUAACCAGCGUUCCCAUUUUCUCACACACCAGAGAACACAUACAGGAGAAAAACCUUUUCACUGUACUAAAUGUGACAAGAGCUUCCGUCAGAAAGCACAUCUUUUGUGCCAUCAAAACACCCAUUUAAUUUAG